ACCGAGCCCCGACCUGCUGGGCUCGGCACAUCCCUCCGCCAGUGCGGGGCUGGCGGCGGGGCUGAGCGGGCGGCAGCGGCAGCGGCAUCAUGCCCUUGCCCAGGCGCCGGUCGUCCUUCCUGGGGCAGCAAGCCCCUUCCUCCACCGCCGACAGCGUGGGGGGCCCGGGGCGCCGGGUGAGCGUGGGCAGCCUGUCGAGGCCGCCCGGGGUCUACGUGGGUGCCGUGCCCACCGGAGGAGUGAGCAGCUUGGGCACCCGCGUGUCCCGCCGAGCGCUGGGCAUCAGCAGCGUCUUCCUGCAAGGGCUGCGCAGCUCCUGCUCCGCCGUGCCCCUGUCCGCGGGGCUGGAGAAGGGCAGGGGGCUCUCCUACGAGAGCCUGAACGGCUGCCUGGUGGAAUACAUCGAGAAGGUGCGGGCCCUCGAGCAGGUCAACCAGGAGCUGGAGGAGCACAUCCGAGUCUACCUGGACAAGAAGUCCUCCAGCGUGGGCAGCUGGGGAGCGCUGCGGGAGAGCUGGGAGGCCGUGUACCACCAGGUGGGUGAAGCAGUCCUUGAGAACGCCCGUCUCAUGCUGCACACCGAGAACAUUCAGGCCUCUGCUGAAGACUUUAAGGACAGGUAUGAAAAUGAACAGCCGUUCAGAAAGGCAGUGGAAGAUGAAAUUAAUUCCCUUUACAAAGUGAUUGAUGAUGCUAAUUUAACUAAAAUGGAUCUGGAGAGCCAGAUAGAAAGCAUGAAGGAAGAACUAACUUUGCUGUCAAAGACCCAUGAAGAAGAUGUGAAGGUGUUGUAUAAACAACUUGCUGGAUCUCAGCUGGAAGAACUUGAUGUUCCCCUGGGAAGUGGCCUGGACAACAUACUGGAAAAGAUCCGAAUCCACUGGGAGAGAGACAUUGAAAAGAAUCGUGCUGAGGCAGGUGCCCUGCUCCGUACCAAGCAACAGGCUGAAGCGACAGCUGCAGUGCGAAGCCAAGAGGAAGAACUGGUAGAGGGACUGAGAACCGAGUUCCAUGAAACUGCCUGCAAAAUACAGAGCUUGCAAGCUGAAACUGAGUCCUUGAGAACCUUGAAGAGGGGUCUGGAGAAUUCCCUAUAUGAUGCCAAGCACUGGCACGAGAUCGAACUGCAGAACCUGGGCUCUGUCAUUUCCAAGCUGGAGUCAGAGAUGGCAGAAAUCAAAGCAGAAACUGAGCAGCAGCAGCGGGAUCGUGAGAAUCUGCUGACCAACAAGCAGCAGCUAGAGAAAGACAUCGCUGCAUAUCACUGCCUUCUGGAUGGAGAGCAAAGCAGUUGAUCAUGAAGUCCCCAUCCUAUAGAAGAUCAUUGCCAUUCAAAGCAAAAGAAGAUGUCACCGCUAAGUAUGUUCUUGGAAGCGAAAUGCCCAUCAAAGCAGCCUGCUUUAUUCAGUUUGAUUCAACAGUCAAAGUAGGUUGUAGCUUGAACAACUUUAUUAGACCCUCUUCAUGUAAUUGCUUUGCUUACAGAUUUACUCAUGUUGUUAAAAUUAUAAUAAAAAUAAAGAAUAUCAGAGUUUU